CGCGGAGGGAAGCGACCAGACACCGGAUGCUCGGAGGUUGUUUUCUCAUCUACUGAUAUAGAUCGAAGGUUUCUCCUGAUGCCAGCGUGAUAUUGGAAUGCUUAUAACGUUACAAGGGUUUGUUCUGAUCCAAUGACCACGGCCCCCGCUCGGCUGUGCCCGGUACAUCUAUCUGUAUAUGAGCAGCGCCUCUGCAUGGCCACCUGUUUGAACUGACUGCUAGUUAACUCUGACGCCUCUUGAUACAAUCUACCUGAUGGCACAGAAACUAUCCUCCAUAGGAGCCGGCCUUGAACGACGCUCUGUUGUUUCCGUCCUCCUCUUUCCCUUCCAUCCUUAUGCUUCCAAGCCAUAUAGACUCCUCCUGUUCCGGCGUUCCGACAAGGUCAGCACCUACCAGAGGAAAUUGGCGCCUAUCGCAGGUUCUAUUGAAAUCGACGAUAAAUCACCGUUGGACGCCGCAUGGCGGGAGUUGGGUGAAGAAACAGGCCUUGGGCCGCAACAAAUUGAACUCUGGCGGCGUGGCCCUGGAUUUGAGUUCACUGAUGAGAAAGCAGUGACUGGAUCAGAAGGUCCGAACACGAAGAAGGGUCGGAUAUGGACAGUCCAUCCGUUUGCCUUCCGAAUGAAGACGCAGUUGGUGGAUGACAACAACAAUGUGAAUACCUCGGUCAUGCGCCUCGAUUGGGAACAUUUCAACUGCGAGUGGCACAAUGUCGAGGACAUACUGAGUGGCAAGAUACUGGAUGAGUGUGUGCCUAGACUUGAAAUCACGCUGGGUCAGGUAUGGAUUGGUCCUGAAAGCGUCCUUCAUGAGGCUGUCGAGGAGCUGCGGUUGGACCAUGUUCACGGGGCGAGAGAGCUGGCAACGAUGGCCGUCAAGAGUCUAAUCAAGAUCGUGGAGAAUGACCAGCAAACCGCAAAGGCAGACACCCCUCAAGAUCUGGCAAAAUGGUGGGAAAGCUUUCGGCUCAAAGCCUUCCACUUGGCUGUCAAUGCUAGGCCAAGCAUGGGCGCAGCAAUAUCGAGCGCCAUUGUGACGGCUCUGCGAGAUGCACGACAGCAAAUAGAUGGAGCACAAGUGAGUAUCUUCGAUGAGGUCAAGGAGAGCCUCGAAGCCACUGUCACCAAAAGAAGCCUCAUUUCCAAACGAGUGAGCGAUCAAUUCUCAGCAUUCCUUCGAGAAAAAUUCCCAGCGCAGCCCGCAGAUGGCAAGGAGAAACAAGUACUCAAUAUUUUGACUUUGAGCUCCUCUUCAACAAUCAAAGCAGCGUUAAUACAUGCGCUUGAAACCAAUCCUUCGCUUAUGGUCGAACUUCGCAUCCUGGAAUCACGUCCACUUUGCGAAGGUGUGAGCCUGGCAAAAGCUUUGACAGAGGAAGCUCAGAAACGCCAAACCGCCGAGCGUGAAGGCCGUGGUUUUCAUGAUCGUCUGCGAAUCGUUCUCGCAACCGAUGCGUCUGUAGGUGUGCUCAGCAAGAAUGUUGACCUCGUCAUCAUUGGCGCCGAUCGUAUCUCCGAGACUGGAGACGUGAGCAACAAGACUGGAUCACUACCGGCCGUUUUGACGUGCAAGGAGGUCACCAAUGGCGCCGCAAGGGUGGUGUGCAUCAGCGAAGCCGAAAAAAUCGCAUCCCCGGGCGCUGCCGCCGACCACCCCGAAGAGGACAACGACCAGGUUGAGGUCGCCAGCGGCUGGAACCUACAGUCUCAACCAUCUUUGUGGGACCAGAUGGUUGCGGUGCGAAACGUCUACUUUGAAUGGGUACCUUACAAGUAUAUCGAUCACUAUGUUUGUGAAGACGGUACCCUUACUACCGAGGAGAUCGAGAAGCGAUCCAAGCAGAUAGCGGACUUGACUGCAGAUGUUUUCUCCGUCUCUAAGGUCAAAGACUUCCAUGGCUGGCACGAGCUUAGAGCUGAGACACGACACUGACGAGAUUCCUUUCUAAUCCGGACGCCCCAGUCAUCCAUGGUGACGUCGUUUGCGGGACUACUUAUUGGACGAGACGUGAGAAGGCGCAGAAAUACCUUGUCAGGAUGGUGGGUGCAAUCUCAUUAGAUACAGGCACCCUUCAAAUGUGAACUUCCUUUGCAUUAGCCGGAACGUCCUUUCCAAAAGGUGUCACCAGGACGCCUUCAGUAUGACUACAAAUUCUCGUCAACCUCACGGAUCCAUGGUUUUAUGAAAUCUAAAUACCCCGUUGACAUCCGGACAAGCUAGCUCCACUGUUGAGUCUUGACACCUUUGUCGCGUGAAUCCCGAAAUCCGAUAGAGACCGUCCUACAUCAAACAGCUUGGCUUUUCAGCUGCACUGUCAUGGACUUGGGCACUUUCCCGUUGACGCCGCUGGUAUCAAUAUUGCUGGCUGUCUUCACGUCAAGGACCGAAUGACCAUUCGGCUGAAACACUGGCACUUCGUGACUUCGAGUAUCAGGAUCUGCAAUUGACUGAAAGACUGGUGACUGCGGCUUGUUGACCAGCAGCUCCAAACACGCGCCAAGUUCCUCAAGCAAAGUUGUGCCAAACUCCAACCAGUCCUCGAAGGUGACAAUCUCCAGCGUGAGAGAGUUGUCCUUCAAGAAUGCUUGGAUUUUCCACUCCCGGAGUGGCUCCAGAUGGGGAUAAACAGUUUCCAUCCGACUGUUUGCUGAAAGGAAUGAUAAACUUUCGACAUGCUCGACAUCCUGGUGCACAACCGAGUCAAACCAGUUGACCGUCUCUGGCCAGUCGGUGCAGAACUGUGCAAUCUCCUUUAAUCCCAUACUCUCGAACCGCGAGCUUUCAAUGUGUUGCUGCUGGACAAAAUUCAGCAAGUCCAGUCCGGUCCAGCUAUCACCAAAUCUCACUCUGACCGGGACAUACUGCCAUGUCGGCCCCAUUAUCAGGUCACAGUUGGGGAGCCCGAUGUUCCGGCCACUGACAACCUCUCCAAAUGUUACGUCUCUUGUUGAUAAACGGUGUGCGAGGCAAAGCGCCCACGCGGCGGUUGGCAAAGUGGCAAUGGUGAUCUCUCUGUCCCGACCCGAGAUGUCAAACGUCCUGGAAAUAGCAGCAGGCUUCCUUGACUUGAGAGCAAUAUUCGGGCGCAGUACCGUCAUUGUGGAGCCUUUCAGAAGCUCACGCCAGUACGGGAUGGCUUUGGGAAUGUUUUCUCGGAGAACGUAGUACACGAACGACGAGAAAGGCAACGUCUCUGGAACUGGCCUCUGUUCAUAUAGGGCAGCAAGCUGAUGCAACAGGCGAGGCAGGCAGAUCUCGUCGUAUUGAGCAUGCGAGAUUUUCAGGAUCAAGCAACUCUUGCCGCCUUCGCCCUGCACAAAGAAGAACUUCACAAACGGUGUACCCUCGGCCAUCUUGGUCUGAAUGUCCAAUUCGCACAGUUUCUUUGCAAACUCUUUCAAGUCUCCUUCGACUUCAUACUCGACAAUGGGGACUUCCAAGUCUUCUAGCACAACACCGCAACACCUGCCUUGUAUGUUGACAAAAACAGUGCGGAGGAUUUCGUUACGUGUGACAAGCUCUUGACAGCUCUUGAACAUGCGUCUUCGGUCAAUCGGGGUGUCGAGAUAAAAGAGCUCGUAUCGUGCCGAGUACCGGGGCAGAUUGGUUGUUCCUUUGACGGCAAUCUCCUGCAGAGGCCUUGCGGGCAGCACGUCUUUGAUCUUCCACUCUAGACGCAAAAGCUUAGGCCGGACUUCUUGCGAUACAAACUUCUCCACAUCGCUGAUCUCCAAGGCCGAGAAAGGCUCCGCGGUCUGAGAGGUUGUCUCCUGAGGCGCCGAUGCCUUCAUCACGUCGGCCAGAGUACUCAGCACUCUGUGACUGAAGACCUGUGCAACACUCAGCUCGAGACCCUCCAGACGAGCCUCUGACACAAGCUUCAUGACCCCGAUUGAAUCUCCGCCCAGAGCGAAGAAGCUGCUUUCAGGACCAAUGUCUUUUUCGGGAAUCCCUAGAAUUCGGCUCCAGAGCCGACGCAGCUGCUCGCGCUUGGCAGUCAUCGGUUGGGUUGCGUUAUCCUCUCUCUUCAUCUUGGCCUGAACAGCCUUGUGUUCCUUUGGUUCAAUGAUUUUCGGACCUAGGAAAACAAUCGUCCCAUCGCUGUUGAAUUUUGCCCUAUGUCCUGUUUUGUAAAGAGCGGUCUGCGUGUCAACUGUCUCCGGAAUCCAGUCAGGUCUAUCAACCAGCUCGAAAGGCAGCUUGGUUACGCUUUCAAGCAAGAGCUCGCCGACAGCGCCAGCUGGUACCAGUCGUUUCGGUGUGUCAGGAUUUACAAUCCAAGUCCGCCGUGUGUUUCCAGAGGCAGCGCUUAUGUCUCGUUCAGUAGCCUGAGAGAGACUGCGGACACCUAGACCAGUCAAUGGCAGUAAAUCUGCUGGGCUUGGAUCUUUCAUGAUUUCGAGGUCGCAAAUGAGUUUGCUGGUGUCCUGGCAAAGUUCCUGGACAGUGCGCCCAAAGUCUUCAAGCACUUUCUGCAUCUGAGGCCUAUCGACAGUCUUUGAAUCGAAGCUUGCCAUGGUCAAGAAUCCAUGAGAAUCCAGAGAGCACACCAGCAUCAACGCAUAUGAAUUGAAUUUGAGCGCCUCUUUCGCAGCUUCAACAUCAUUGACAGGGACAAAGCCAUUGGCUGGGCAAUCUUUCGCGGCAGCGGCAUCGUUCUGCUCAUCCGCAGUAUUCGGGUGCAAGACGAUUCCCGUCCGCAGCUCGCACGCCUCCCGCGCAUCAGCACUCAGGCGCCUUAUAUGCUGCAAGCCGAUGUGUUCAUGGGGGAUGCGGAGGAUGGUGUGCUCAUGGACACUCUGCAAAUAUUCCGAAAUCUGCAUAUUCCUGUCAACCCGGACUCGUGUUGGUACGGUGGCAAUGAGAGGUCCUUCGAUUUCGGCAAUGCCUGGAAUAGGUGCAUUUCGUCCGGUAAGAGUCUCGCCAAACACUGCAUCCUCUUCGGACGUGUAGCGCGCCGCCACGAGGGCCCAUGCUGCGCGUAUAGCAGUCGCAACGGUCGUGUUGGAAUUGACAGAGCUGGGAAACUGAUUGUAAUGCUCUAGCAAUGAAUCCGCACGCGGUUGAUAUCCCGGGAACGGUAUUACUGGAAAUUGUUGCCCCGUGGCGCCCUGCAACUGCUCCCUCCAGAAGGUCUCCGAACUGGGACGAUCUCGAUCAGUCAAGUAUUUGAUGAAUGCUUUGAAGGGAGUUGGUUGGGCGGUCUGCAUGCCUCGGUAGGCUUUGUUGACCCUAUCAAUGAUCAAUGGCAUUGACCAGCCGUCAUACAAAGCAUGAUGAAUGGUCAAAACAACAUGGGCGGGGCCUUGUUUCUUGUCCGUCACGAGGCCGAACCUGGCGAGGGCGUCUCCCAGACCCAUCGGUUUGCCGUUGUCAACCUGCAAAUACUCUUCGAGGCUGUUGCUGGUGUACCAGGGCAAUUUGCCCUUCACCACAACCUGAACUAGCCCAUGGCCCGGCACCUGUACAAUGCGAGUACGCAAGAUUGGGCAAGUCGCUGACACGACCUCGAAAGCCGCCUUCAAUAAAUGAGCUGACUGGGCGUCUGCUAGAUCGACCACUCUUUGGGCAAUGUACGCGUCGUUGUACUUGGCCGAUAGUGCCAUGAGCCCUUCCUGGAGCGGAGUACAGGGAUAGACAUCUUCGAUGUCUGAUGGCGGGAGCUUGCAUAGACUUGCCACCUGUGCUUGAGCAUCUUCUACCUUCCAGCCGGGGAGAAGGGAAAAUGGGGCUAUCUCCGUUUCGGGAGUGUCACUGACACGCUCCGCCAUCGAAGCCAUCCGUGAGAGAGUGGGGUUAGCAAAGAUCUGGGCUACAGUCAAGGACAACCCUUCUGCUCGCGCCGCAGCCACAAGUUUCAUCGCUUUCAGGGAGUCUCCUCCGAGUGCGAAGAAGUUGUCCUUGACGCCAAUGUCCGCCUCUGAACCCAAGAGCUGCUUCCAAAUCUUUUGCAGGAUCUGUUCUGAUUCUGUUUGGGGUUCAUGGUUAUCGGCCAUUUCCAUCCUGAAUUUUGCCAGUUGCUGGGGAGUCAUUGCGAGCCCGAUGUCUUGGAGCCUCUUCCGGUCGACUUUGCAUGACACCAGAAGUGGCAUCUUGCGCAGUGGAAUAUAUGCCGUGGGCACCAUGUAGAUUGGGAGAUUCGAAGCAAGAUAGUUCUCGAUGGCUGGUAACGAUCGACGGAGCUCACUGGAGAAGGAUAUGUGCUCACCGGCUUCAGCCGCGUCUGAAGGCUGCAUAUCUUUUGCCUCUGCUAUGAAGGCCACCAGACUGGGUUCACGAUCUUUUCCUCCUGGCGUGAUCACCUCGGCUGCCACGCUGGCCCCUUCCGGCAGCUUUUUUAGUAUGUGGUGUUCAAUUUCUGCGAGCUCGACUCGUUGACCUCGCAGCUUGACCUGGCGAUCCUUUCGCCCGACAAACACCAGAUUCCCGGACCCAGCCGGAUCAUACUUGACUAGGUCACCGGUCUUGUAAAGGCGCCCGCGCCUUCCGGGGACGGUCGAUGAGCCUGCGAGCAACCAUGUUGGAUCCUCGAUGAAAACCUGAGCUGUUCUUUCGGGGUCGUUCAGGUAUCCCACUCCCACAACUGAGCCCUCAAUCAACAGCUCUCCUACCGCUCCAACAGGAGUCAAGGUAUUGUGAUCGUCUGGGUCUGUUAUCCAGGUCACGCCUCCAACUCCUUUGCCGAUACUUGUAUACGGCUUUGUGACAUCAAUCUCGUUGUUGAUGGUGCAACCUACAGUGCAUUCGGACGGGCCGUAGGCGAUGAUCAACUUUGUUAUUUUGCUCCAGACGGCGGCAUCGCCUGCUGAGAGCGACUCGCCUCCCAGACCAAGCACCUCUAGAGAUUCUAGGGCAUCUUGUGACAGCAGGCGGGCCACGGAAGGAGUCAUAUGGGCCAUGUUUGCGUUCAUCGCCUUGAUGGCUCCACUAAGGUCAUUGACUCUCUGGUCGUCCGAUGGGACACAAAUGCAUCCCCCGUUGACCAGCGUGCACAGCAUACAAUCAAUGCUCACGUCGAAAGCAUAUGACGGAAAAUCGAGCACUCUUGAGUGCGAUUUGUAGCCGACUGCCUCUGCUCUCGGUAUUGCUCCGGUUGUGAAGUUUUCAUGUGAGAUCAUGACUCCCUUUGGUUUGCCGGUACUGCCAGAGGUGAAGAUGAUGUAAAGGAGAGCGGAGGGGGGAACAGGCGGCAGCGAUGAAGAACCUGGCUCUUCGCUCAAUUUCAAGAGCUCGGGGCCGACCACAACUGUUCUCGCAUGAGGCGCGAUUCGCGCACCCAGAGCGGCCUGACUUUGAGAUGUGAGGACAACUUGUGCAUUGACCUCGGCGGCAAUGGUGCUCAGGCGUCCUUCAGGCUGCUGUGGAUCGGUGAGGACAAAUGUGCCACCAGCUCUCAUAACGGCAAGCAAUCCAACGACAGUCCACAUGGACUUUUCGAAACACAUGGGCACUGAUGUGCCCAAGCGCACACCCAGGCUCGAGAGCUGUACAGCCAAAUGGCCAGAGAGUCGAUCGAGUUGCCCAUAAGUCAAUUCACCAUCCCAAGACAAGACGGCUUGUUUGUCGGGAUGCUCAGCCAUGUUUUCGGCGAUGAUGUCGUGCAUACAACGGCUGAUGACUGGAGGAACAUCUUUAUUCCAUUCCCAGAGUCGGGCUAAUUCGUGGUCGCCGACACGCAGCGUUUCCGCCACGGUCUUGUCUGGAUUGAGCGAGACGGACUUGAUGAUGUCAACAAAUCCAUGGAUCUGGAAGUCGGCCAUCUCUGGAGACAGAAGCAUGCCUUUCCGAGACCGCCGCAGACAAAAGCGGUUUUCUGGCAGUCGGACAUCUAUGCCAAAUGUUGAAGAAGCCUGAAUACGACUCAUGUCAGAUUGACCACCCGGAGUUUCAGAAUGGCAUUGACCUACAUCGUACGUCUGGGCUGAAGACAAAUCAGCAGUUGCAAGAUACAAGACCUGACGUUCCCAGUCCACUAGGCCUUGCAAGCCUCGGGUGAAUGCUGUCAAUGUUCUUAGGACAUUGGUAACGGUUUGUGUUUCACUCGGAACAAUGUCGCUCAGUUGGGCCGCUCCAAGUCGUCGCGACGAUUGAAUACCAGUUUCUAGGUCAUAGACGCCCCAGAAGAAGGCAUCGUCGUUCCUGGUGAAGGUGCCACGAUGCAGCAGAAGUGCCCAUGCAAGCACCAACAAGCCAACCUGCUCUUUUCCUGACUUGGUGUUCAGGAGUUCCAGCUCGAAAGACGGCUGAUCUUUCCAGCCGUUGCGGAAAUCAUCUUCCUCCUCUGGAGACGUGGAAGCCGCCUUCGCGCGGAAGGCUUCAUGCCCGUCAACGUGGUCGGUCAUGGGGCAUAUGGAUUAAGCAAGACCCAAGUUUGAUACAGCACAAUCAAACUAACACUGUUAUGCGCAACGACUGCACUAUUGAUAAGUCCUCAAGCCGUGCUUUUGAUGGGGAUUGCCUCUUCCAGGCUUGAUCUGAUCUUCCCAGCGUGGUUUCCUAAAGCCAGCCGUUCGUUGAACUCGAUUUCACUUGCAGAUUUACCGUUCUCGAGCCACGUGUAUGCUCCGAAACAUCUACGAUUAUUCUAGUUGCUGGGGGCGUGACUGGUCUCCAAGACAGGCCAACCGUUUGACAACAUAUGCCUCUACCUAACACUCGAGAAAUGGGUACCAUGUAGGUAGUAUGGAUACCGGAACCAGGACCAAAGGUAAAUAACCGGAACCCCCCUAUCACGGCGCAGAUCGUCGCGGCGGGACAAGACAGUAUCAUCAAUCAGUCCUUGGUUACCUCCUCACAGUGGUUGUAAGUUCGUGAUACGGUACGGUAAUUUUUGAUGGAACGAGUGGGGAUAAUCAACCUGUCACGACCUCCGACGCCAAUCCAACGACUAUGGAUCGCGAUCUGCCAGCGCCUGGGUCAAGGCGGGCCCUGACCCCCAAUUUUUAGCCCGACUUGGCACAAGGCUCCGAUGCUGCAGUGACAGUUCGACUGGUCCUCCUCACAUAUGGUCCAAUACCUACAACUGUACCUAGGUACAAGGAAGACUGCGGAUGGUUGCCAACAAACUGCUACUGCGAUCACGGAGGUUUCUUCACGCCAACACAGCGGAUCGGAAUUCGGAGCCGGCAUCUGUCAAACGUUUUGUGCUGAGUGUCAGGCUGACCGACUACAAGGUAGGUACAGCACUGACACUACUGCUGUCAUUGUACUUACUUUUAACGAUGACCACGGUUGGCAUGGUGCGGUGGUGUACCAUCCAAGGAUGGCAUGCCGCAAGUUACUGUAGGUACAUGCGUUCGUUGCCUUGCUACCCUACCCAACCCUACCCACUUGCGGCUUUUUUUCUUUCUUCUUGUCAUGUCCUCUCUGAGUAUCAAGACCCAAGCCCACCAUGCCAAUUCGCGUUGCCCGCACUUGCCAGGGUGAAACAUGCCGGCGCGGAGACCAUGCAUGAUCCCUGCCCGCUUGGCAGGUAGUUGACAGUCAACGCCGAUUUUCGCUCUGGGCACCGCAUUCGAAGACUCGGAAGAUGGAAUGUCGUCAUGUCGUUGCCAUCCCACGAGCGAGCAUGUGCGAGAUCCCUUCGUUGUGAUUUGGGAAACUUGCGUGUUCUCGCUUCUGCGGCCUGACCGGGCUGUAACCAGGCAGGAUGGGAGGUUCGCUCCUUGCUUCGCUCGAUGAAAUCAGUGACUUACGGUAAGUGCUGUACCGGUAGCGGCCACUGGUGAGCGAACGCCUCGAUCAAUCCAUGCGCAGCAUGUUUUGCAGCAGACCCCGACUGUCUUGGUCUUGCUCUAAAGACCUGUGCAGUCAUCCCACACUGGCAGGCAAAAUAUGGCUCGGGUGGUUCACAGUUAUUAAGUGAGUGGCAGGUAACACGGAAACCUUGGCAAGUCCCUAGGUUUGUAGAUAGGUAGGCCUGCACUGUACCUAUGUAGGUAGGUAUAUUCGAUGAACAUAUUCCCGCUUACUAAUGGAUGGCUGUUGCUCUCGCCGAGAGUAUUUGUUUCCGCAUUGCCAAC